AUGGCAAGUAACAAUCAUUUGGAUCCGAUGGACUGCGAUCAGGUGAUCGUCGGGAGAUGUGGGAAUCUGCGGCACCUGGACCUGGCCGGAUGCAAGUGGCUGACAGAUGGCGAUGUGAAACCCAUACUUCAGGCCAACAAGUUCCUCGCCCAUGUGAACCUUUCUUCCUGCGCAUCACUCACACCUGCCUCGAUUCAAGUCCUUGCUGUCAGAUGCAAGGGUCUAAAGAGCCUACAUCUGCGGAACUGCCAUUGGCUGACCCCAGGAGCAGUGGAGGUGAUAGCCCUUCAUCAACGGGGCCUCGAGGCACUAGAUGUCACAUCCUGUUGGGAACUCUCAGAUGCCCCCAUCGCCAAGAUCCUCUGUCGUAAUCGCAGGAUGAAGCUGCUGUUUGUGUCGAAAAUCUACAGCCUGACCGACCAGCUGCUGUCAGCCAUUGCAUCGUACUGCCCCAACCUGGAACACCUGGCUCUCAGUGGAUGUUGGAGGAUCACUAAUCAUGGCAUCAGAUUGGUGGGAGAGCACUGCCUCACCUUGAAGUCGCUGCAGGUGGACGAUUGCCGUGGAGUGACGGAGGACACCCUGUCUCGCCUCCGCCCUCGCAUCCGCAUAGAUCGCCCUGCCCUCAAACUCCCCAUUCACCUGAGCAGCUUCGCCCGCACCCCAUUCUUCCCUGGGCUCCCGGUCUAGACCGGACCUUUCCCCUGCUCUGGGAUAUCAGUACAAAGGGAAAAAAAAGAAUGAUCGAUUCCAAAUACUUAGAUGUGCAAGGACCUCUGCUUCUGUAUGGACUGUGAUGUUUCAUCACCUGCAGAGUUUCACCUUGCACACAGGGCUGUUACGCUCAUCAGGAAUCAGUCAAAGAAAUGCUGUGGAUGCCUGCAACAACUCACUGCCAGUUUGUUCAUCAUUGCAUUCUGCUCUUUGCUGCCCACCGAGAAUUGUUUGAGAAGCAUGGCAUGCAUGAAUGUCAUUCCCCUGGAACUGUGUUAUUGAUGAGCAUAGUGAGUAGUACAUUAAUAUUCCUUGUCCAGGAAUGGAAAGCAGCAAAAAAUAAUUUUAUUCCACUCUCUGGGCUUGUGUUCAGUUUAGAUCUCUGCAAUACCAGAAAACUGAUGUGUCGAAAAGCUUUGUAAUGCAUGGGGAGGCAAUUUGAAUUGUUGAUAACAGCAGGCUGUUGAGAGAAGCUGAGGUAAACGUUGCCUCUGUUUUUAUGAGAUUUGAAAUUGAGAAGGAGAUCUAAGGGAUUUUGCAAGUUGGCAGUCUAUGGAAAAUAAUGUUUUGAAUUGAUUAAUAUGCAAUAUUUAUUUUAUUUAUUCAGGACCUUCUAAAGCCUCUUGGCUCUUUCAGCCAAUUCAUUAACUUUUCAUGAAUUCCCAACCCUCAAUCAUUCAAUUGCUGGACAAGGCAUUGAUACUGUUGCCAAAGAAUUCCCCAACUUCUGCUUCUAGAAAUCGCACGAACCAUUUCCCGUGCCAUCAUGAGCAUGGACUUGCCUUAGCGGUCUUUGUACUUCCCGGUGAAAGCUUUGUGUUUUUUGUUUUUGGUCUAUUGAAUAGUGUCAUGUCAAGGUAGACUGGUGUAGCUUCCAAAGCAGUGAUGUGACUUCCCCUGAAUUGCCUUGACAGUCUUGCCAUGGGGGAAACAUUCUUCGGUAAAUCAUGUUUAUACCUUUCAAUGUUGAAAGUCAUGCGAAGAACUUCGGAAGCAUGCAAAUUGCAACGAAUUAUUCACUGGUCUCCCUUGACAAUGAGAAUAGUUACACUUGCUCCACUUUUUUGCAAUGCCUAUUUGUACUUGUGUGUUCUAGACCUAGAUAGUAGUGUAUGUGAAAUUGAGGCCUAAAUUCUUUUUUUUGCUGGUACCUUAUGUCUUUUGCAGUUAGAUGCUUCCUUAUUCUAGUUGAGGGAAUAGAGAACACUUGAAUGCGACUACAUGAUGCCAACUCAAGAUAUUCAGGUAACCUCUCAUUUUGACUGCCACGUUCAUGCCUUUGGCUUUCGUCGACCCGCUCCGCGCGUGAGAGUCGUUUGGGAUACCUUAGUAAGGGUGAUGGUUGGGCCUUUACUGAAGAGCAUAUCCCAAGAAGGCCUUAGGAACUGCCAAACUUCUUGCCACUUUGGCUCAGACCUAGUCAUGCAGUACCUUCAAAGAUGAAGUUUUUUAAACCAGUAUUUUAUAACUGUUUUCAAUGCCUCAAGCACCGAGGGAUGAGCCACGACGUUUCUUCUGGAUGCCGUGUCGGAGAGGACGAUGCAGACGGUUUAUUGCCUUGUGAACUUUAAAAAUUUGCCUGAAAAUUGAGUUGCUUGCAGUAUUUCAUUUUUAGAGGGAAGGAAAAGGGAUUUGCUAUGAUGAAGUUUGAUGCUGAGAUGGAGUUUUUUAUUCUUGUUGGCUGUAUUUGAGGAAGUGUGAUGAAAUGCAUUCCUGAUCUCAAUUGUGAUGUGUAUGGAAAUUAAAUCUGGUCUAGAUCCGAUUCAUUUUUUGCAGCGU